CCCAGCAACAUUCCAAAACAAGAUUCAAAUUGUGCAUCUGGGGUCAAGGCUGAGCAAGACCAGAAGAUAUGAGUUAACGGCGUGAGCAGAAAUCAGAGGACAUCAGAGUGCUUCAGUCAAGACUGAAAGGAAUAGAACCCAGCCUAAAUUAAGGGGGAUUUACUAAGAAGAUAUUUGGUGUUCUCAUCACAAUGACAACUCUCUAAGCUUACAGAAAAUUGAACUGGCAUCUGGAAAACCUUCAGUAACAAGGCUAUCAACAUAGACAGAAUGGUUGAUCAGCUCCAAGGAACAUGGAAAUCCGUUUCUUGUGAAAAUUUUGAAAAAUAUAUGAAAGAACUGGGAAUAGGAAGAGCCAGAAGGAAACUUGGCUGUCUGGCAAAACCCACCGUGACCAUCAGUGCGCAGGAAGGUCUGAUCACUAUAAAAACCAAAAGCAUCUUUAAAAAUAAUGAGAUCUCCUUUAAACUGGGGGAAGAGUUUGAGGAAACCACACCAGGUGGCCGUAAAACCAAGAGUGUGAUAAACUUAGAUAAUGACUCUUUGGUUCAAGUUCAGGACUGGGAUGGCAAAGAGACCACCGUCAGGAGAAGGGUGGUGGAUGGGAAAAUGGUGGUGGAAAGUGCCGUGAACAAUGUUAUCUGCACUCGGACAUACGAGAGAGUACAAACAAACUCACCCUCCAACUCUUAGGCACUCCCAGACUGUGCUACAAACUGCUGAGGUGGUUUAAAUAAAACUCCAAAGUAAACUGUUA